AUGAGUCCAGCUCUAGCUCCUGCCACCUGUACUCGCCGUCACCGUCAGAAAUACCCUGCUAAUCCGCAAGCAUGUCCGAUGCACCAAUGGAAAAGCCAUUUGAAUUGUCUACGGAAAAACCCACUCUCUGCUGGGCAUUUUGACGGAUACAUCAUUGUAAAUGGGUCUUGGUCUCUUGAAAGGACCUGUGCAGUGAUCGUUCCAGACGGGAUGUGCAAAGAAAUCAGUAGCAGCAGGGCUCUUCGACAAUCAAAGUCAACCAAAGGUGCUCUAAAUGGAGUCUACUCAAUCUCGACCUGGUUGACGCUCAUGUGGACUAUUCUUGCACUGCUGUGUACUGCGGAUAUUGUGAGCAUAGCAAGAGCAGCUGCAACUGACGACUUCACCGUGGCUGCGAUGCCACCAGCUUUGACUGCAAGGAUGGAAUCAGACGGUGUUCUGUCAAAGGGAUCCACGACUAUACAAGGGCUUAGGCGGUUGGCAGAUUCAUCUGAAAAGACCACUCCAACUACAGCGGUCAGCUACACUUUUAGCUUGGAAGUAACCAGCUCCGCAGCGCUAGGAAGUAGGUCGAUGUUGCAGCCGCAACCGGAUACAUCCUACAUACUCAGUUCGAUGUCUCUUUAUUCGUCCUCACUGGAAACAGCAAGCUCGACACCUCCGACUCCCGAAACUUAUCCCUCCUCUCGAGACUCGAAGACGAGCCCUGCUGCCGUACUGGAGCUAGAUGUCGAUACUUCACCGGCUUCUACAGUCACUCAACCUGCCGUUGAGUCGCGCUUUGAACAGGUCACAGGUCUUCCUGUCAUUCACAAGACUGUGACUGUGACUGUGACUGUAAGUCCAUGUACAAACAGAACCGUGUUUAAUAUAACUGCGCUUUACCAAUCGGCCACAUUUGAUACCAGCGUGCUCAAUACUCACGACCGAUCGUCGCCAACCACCGGCAUAACAUAUACUAGUCUUUCGUCAUCAAGGAUGAUCCUCUCACCUCAUCCCUUUAGCGGCACAUUGGCACCAGCUUCGAGCUCCAACCUCACGUUUAUGCCACCAAGCACAACGACAUUGACCGUGACGAUGUCCACAGAUCCUUCUCGUUUCAGCAAACUGCAUUUGACAUCAUUAAAUGGAUACAGCAUGGCGCCAGUGCUUGGAACAACCCUAUCUACCCAGUUACCGAUAGCCAUCACCAGACCCUCGUACUCAAAUUUGAUACCUGAAGCCGAGGAAGGCCCUUCAUAUCCCGACUCACUGACAUCUACGGACCAUGAAUCUGCUCAGACAAACGUUAUCCCCGUCAAGAAGCUGGCACCACACAGCCCCAGCUCCAUACUGGUCCAUGCCUCCGAGAACCCAUCCUCCUCCAACGCCACGGCACCCAAGGAGCAGGCCCUUACUGGCACCACCCCAACCUCCACAGCCGAAGACGUGCAGCGAAGAAGCCUGCCCGGACUAUUCGGUGCCCCUCCCGCGAACCCUGCCCCUACUUUGAAUUCACCAAUCCAAAACGUGAUCGUCACGGUGAAGAACACCGCCGCUGCUACCGGGGCAUGGCUGUCUGGAGCCAUGUGGAGGUUCUUUGAGGAAACGGGGAACCGGCGCGGUCUUGCCGAGGCGGAUUUGCGGGUUGGAGCGCGCGCGUAG